GGGCUCGGUCCCAAGGCCCCCUUCUUUCUGCGAGGGGACUGCUUUCUGCGGCGUCGGUUUCGUGAGAGAGCGAGCCUGCCUCAGCCCCCUCUUUGGCCGUCAACUGCUCGCCUCCCCGUGUUUUUUUCACGUCUUUCUCGCCCACCCACACCCACGAAGGUACUACGUCGGGAGUGCCAUCGUUCUGCGUGUCGGCGUGCAGUGCCGUCUACCUUGCCGGAUCGCUUCGAAGUCCGCUCGCUCUCCUCUACGUUUGACAGCAGCGAGCGCCGGUCUGAAGUCAGCACGCUUGAUUGCCAAGCCGAUCGGUCUCAUCCUGAAGGAUCUCCAGUCAGUUGAGCAGCGGCGUUCAGCGAUGGCAGCUUGUCCGUGGUCCGUGAUCCUGAUCUGUGCCUGUGCGGCGUUGGCGGCUGCGCUUUGCGGCGGAGCUGCAGUUCGAAGUUACGCCCGACGACGAAAGAUUUAUGCAGCACGACAUUCUGUUCCGUCAGCACCCGAACCAGAGGAACGAAGUUGGCGGGCCGUGCCGCAACAGCAACCACUGCCGUCCACAGCUGUGCUGCCUCCUGGCUAGGAACCACACACGCACCUGCCAGCCACUGUCCAGGAUCGGGGAAAAGUGCACCGAGGGCCAAGUAAAGGGCGGUGCCUACCCGGAUCACUGUCCCUGUCUUCAAGGUAUCUGCUCCCUGAAGCGUGAUCGAGUUCACAACUUUGGCGACAACGGAGUAUGCGUACCAUCAUCAAGCCAGGGUCAACGUCCCGUGACGUCGGGAACCCGCCAGAGGUCGCAGUUUUCUAGGCCCUAGAGGAACGCACCCAAUCGAAGCGCCCAUUACUAACUGGACGGGCUCUGAAGAGGCUGCUUGUCACACUGUAUUCAAUUAGAUUCAUUUUUGCAUUUUUGUACUAUCAGCUCCAGCGAACAAUAAGACAUCACUCAUAUGCCAGCUUUAAUCUGUCCUCGCGCAUUCAUCAACAAGUGCUUACGACCGGUAGUUAGGUAACGACAAUUUAGUGUUUUUUUCCCUCACAGAGUAAUACACUGGGAACAUAGACUUUAAAGGGACAUUAAAGACAAAGAUAAGUUGAGCUGUGUAGCAAAUUACGCUUCUACAAUGCCGCAAAAGCCACUCUUACAGCGAGAAGCGUCUUGUUAAGCCAGCAAACACGCGAAGCGCGGGAAACGAGUGGUGACGCCCCACACAAGUUCGCGCACCAGUUCGCCAUUACGUCAUAAAUGUUGAUGACGUUUGCUCGGGCUCAGUUCUCCUGGUGAAACGUAGAACACGUAGUAUUCUGGGGGAUCCACUGUCUGAAUUUAGGAACUUUUGAAUACUUUUAAUGGCGCCGCAACGGGCCAAAUGCGACAAAAUACUUCAAAAUUUAUGACGUCACAGUGACGUACAGGCGGUAGGGUUUUGGCGGGAAAUUCAUAAGCUGCAAAGUCUGGCUUUCAUUUUCUCUUUUCGUAAUCAACCUCUCACCGUUCACAUAAAAAUUGUUUUUUUUUUUAAAAAGAAAGGACUUUUUAGAUCUAAACUGACUCUGCGUUUGCAUACACGUACAUGCCCAAAAGAGAUACAGUGGGUAAAAUUAACUAAUUUAUGUACAAUUGCGCUCAUAAUGUUUUAAUAGCAAGACAAGUGAAUGGAGUGGACGCAGUGGUAACAGAGCUACAUUGAUAAUAAAAUUUACAACGGUAUAAAUUUCGCCUCAUAUAAUCAUAAGCUCAUUCAUUACGGAAGUAAGAUCGCGCACUUAUUGUUUAGAACACGUCGCGUGAAGGUGCAAGACGCCUUGAACCAAGGUGAACCAGCACCACUUUUCAGUAGGUGGCAACAAAACUUUAUUUUGAAAUGUGUAUGAGCCGAGAUCGGUUAUGGCAAUGACCAAGUGUGACCGAAUGAAAAUAAAGGCACUAAGGCAAAGCCUUCAAACCUCGCAAUAUUACAUCUAGACCAGCAUCAACGUUGCAGGAACUUGAACAACUCCUUCGGACGGAGGCAUAUCACGCGACCUAGCACGGUAUUUAGCUUGACUGACCUUCCAUAUAUUUCUUUUAUUUAGCGCUUAUUUGUCAUCAUUUUAUGCCAUUACUAAUCAGCGUAGUAGUGGUCCAAAUAGCUAGUUUACGUAGUUUUUUGAGAUUUCGGUACGCCGGAGAUAUCUCGGUGCAGUAGGAGCGGUUGCCUACUCUAGAGACGUGACGUCUGCUAGUGUACGGACAACCGCCAGCACUUAAAAGUGAGCUCUAGUUAUCCGACUUUGCGGCAGGCUUAUAAGGGUAGACAAAAACGCCGAGGACUUCAAUCUAAGGUGUAUAUCUACAUCCCAAUUUGGAAUGUUGGUACAGGAUGAACAGUUUUUUUUAUUUGGCACUUAUUACCAUAGAUUUGAUAACUGAAAAGCAAUACGCUGUUCCUGAAUAUUCGUUGAAAAAAAAUGAACAAAGCCAGUAAAGUUAAGUGUGAAUAGCUCUAUGGGCGCCAAUUUUGUGUCAUAAUUUUACGUUUUGCACGUUUCGUGUCUUGGUUGCGCCUACUGCUAGAUUUCAAGUUCUGCGACCUUAGGCCUCGCAAAGCUGGGAGCCCAAUUACAGUGAUUACGAGGUUUCACAUAUAACAAAUAAUUAUUACGAUUACAAUACCAAUGAACCAUUUCGCUCACAGUGUUUGUCCAUGAACUCACCAGCUCUCGUGUGCAUACGACAUAUGAAGUGUGGAUUUCGGCCACGUUUGUUAGCUUCCAGAUGUGACGGGAAAAAAAAUAGUUGUUGCUAUGUCUUUAUUUUCGUGCGCAUCUUGUGAAGGCCAGACAUAAGAAGAAUGAAAAAUGGAAGUCACGGGAUAUUCUAACUUCAAUAAACACCAACUUCCGAGGUCUAUACGCCAGCAGUCCUCCUAACCGUCCCGAAUGAAUUGGAAAAAUUGACAGUUACAUGUCACCCUGAGCAGUUCCUAGACAGCGUCUUCAUCUAUCUCAAGUCAGAAAACACCGCAGACACACACACACACACACACUCGCACAAACAGAAAUUUGAAGAGCACAUGACAUUCAGAGUAACUUCACAGGCUCCGUUUUUCAUUCUAGAAUAGAAAUCUUGCAGAGUGAUAGCUUUUCCAGUGUUUGCCGUCUGUCAUGCAUCAAUAAACAAUUUUUUGUUUCUUUGUU